AGCUUUGGUUCAAGGUGCGGCCAGGACAUAGGUUAUUCAUACCCGGCUUGCUUGGAGGCAAUCAUGGAGAACCUCACUACAGGUGCAGUCCUGAAGGACAAGUUGACGAACAUCGCGAGCGACCUCAUGAGCAAGGUUGACCAUACGGUGCAAAACUUGGGCAAGACCAAGCCAUCCGAGGACGCGCCCAUCACCUUCAAGGUGGUGCACCGUGGCGGCGCAUUGGUUCGAAGCGGUUUCGAGACUACAUCGUCUCAGGUGCAUCAGCUGUCUGAAGGGGAAAUCGCAACAGUUGUGGAACAGGCUGGUCGCCGUGUCCGCAUUAUCUCUCCCGUUGAGGGCUGGGUUUCCGUGGAGACGAAGGACGGAGUCACCAUCAUGAGGCCAACGACGCUUCAGCGCAGAGGCUACAAGCAGGAAGCCUUUGAGAGCCACUUCGAGAGCAAAUUCGAACGUCUCAAGGCUAAGCAGCGGCAAGGUGGUGGCUAUGAAGAUGAUCCGCGUGCCGAAAGUUCGUGGCGCAGGGACAGAAGUGACGAGCGGAACUACGAUCGGUAUGAUGAUCGCCGGUUUGAUGACCGGCGUGAUGGUGCUGAAGACUGGCGAGCGGAUCGGCGCAAUGACCGCCCGGGCAGCAGGAGAGAUGACCGACGUAAUGAUCAUCGGGAAGAGCGCCGGGAUGACUGGCGAGACGAGCGCAGAGACGAUGGCCGAGAAAAGCCCAAGGCCGAAGACAAGGGUGGCUUGGUUCCGCGUCUUGCAGCUCCUGGACAGAAGGCUGGCCCUGCAGUCGUUGAAGUGCAACGGCCGCCGACAUCGGGUGCUUCUUCAGGUGGAUUUGGCAGUGCGGAUCUCCUCAGCAUGGAGGAACAUCAGGCGCCGCAAGUCUCGAGUGCUCCGGCCUGGGAUCCUUUCGAGUCAGGCCCAGUUGGCGCUCAUGCCCCGGCCCCUGCCAUGAUCGCUGCUCCAUGGGACGCAUUUGGAGGUCAACAAGCUGAAGGUGCUUGGGAUGCUUUUCAAAGCAGUUCGACACCUAGCACCGGCAGCAACGCCCAGGCACCUUUCAAUCCGAAUGAAGGUUGUAGCAGUCGAAGCGGCUGCAUGAGUGGCAUGCAUAUGGGUACAGGAGCACCCAUGAGCGGUAUCGGGUGUAUGGGUGGCUGCGGCAUGGGGACCAUGACCGGUGGGUGCCUGGGAGGGCUGGGCAACAUUGGGAUGGGUGGCAUGUGCAACCAGCCCAUGGGCCAGCAGCCGAUGGGCUACGGCAUGGGUUGCAUGGGCUGCAUGGGUGGCGCAGGUUGCAUGCAAGGCUCAGGCUGUGUGGCUGGACCGGCUGGGCGGGGCAUGGCUGCUGGCAACCCAAGCAUGCCAAACAUGGGUUGCGCGCUCCACUCCUUGUGCCCUUCUGACGACACCAUUUGGCCUGGUGGCAGCCUCCGAGGGCCUGCAGGGACUUCAGGGCCUUUGGCUCCUCUGACGGCACCUGGUUCUCAGGCAGAUGAUUUGAUGUCCAAGACCAUGGCCGGAGUUGCGAACUUGUCUGCAGAGCAGCGACAGGCGCAGGGCCCAAGCCAGAAUCGUGGCAUGCCUAUGGGCAUGAUGUAGUGAGAGAGCCAGUUAGAAGUGGGGGUUUGCUUUUCAU